AUGGUCGUGGGUACAUAUGUACAUGUAUUUCAGCGUCUGGUCCUAACUACUUGGACUUGCCCUUCCAUCUUUGACCACUUCCACCAAAGCACACCCUCUUCCCUGAGCCUUGACGCAGCAAGCAUGGCCACCGAGAAGAUCUCCUCCGGGCUUGGAAAGCUCCAAGACCAGCUCAAUGGCGCCGCAGAAGGCCAGAAGGUGGCGCAUGUGAAGAACGACCCGCUCUACAAGGACUACCACGAACCGAGCAACAGAAUCACCACCGACUAUGGCGUCAAGCAGCACAACACAGACGACUGGCUCAAGAUUGCCUCCGAGGACAAGACAGGUCCAAUGCUGCUUGAAGACCAUGCAGCACGAGAGAAGAUCAACCGUUUCGACCACGAGCGAAUCCCAGAACGUGUUGUCCACGCCCGUGGCUCAGCGGCUUUCGGUACUUUCAAGCUGCACAAGAGCUUGGAGCAAUACACCACCGCCGGCGUCCUGACCGAUACAUCCCGCACCACACCUACCUUCCUUCGAUUCUCCACCGUGUUGGGAAGCCGCGGCAGUGCUGACACUGUCCGCGAUGUAAGAGGAUUCGCCAUCAAACACUACACCCCAGAGGGCAACUGGGAUGUCGUUGGUAACAAUAUACCGGUCUUCUUCAUCCAGGAUGCCAUCAAGUUCCCUGAUGUCAUCCAUGCUGGCAAGCCAGAGCCAGACAACGAAGUUCCGCAAGCGCAGACUGCGCACAACAACUUCUGGGACUUCCAAUUCAUGCACACUGAGGCGACACAUAUGUUCAUGUGGACUCAAUCCGACCGAGCAAUUCCAAGAUCAUACCGUAUGAUGCAAGGAUUUGGUGUCAACACCUUCACCUUGACCAACGCAAAGGGCGAGCGAUUCUUCGUCAAGUUCCACUGGACUCCACACCUUGGUGUACACAGCUUUGUCUGGGACGAGGCAUUGAAGCUCGCUGGCCAGGAUCCGGACUUUCACCGCAAGGACCUUUGGGAAGCGAUCGAGGCCAAAGCCUACCCCAAGUGGGACUUUGGAGUUCAAGUCAUUUCAGAGGGUGAAGAGGACAACUUUGAGUUCGACAUUCUCGACGCCACCAAGGUUUGGCCCGAGGAACUUGUGCCAAUCCAGUAUGUCGGCGAGCUUGAACUCAACCGCAAUCCCGAUGAGUUCUUCCCACAGACCGAGCAGGUGGCUUUCUGCACGGGCCACGUUGUACCAGGCAUAGGUUUCUCUGACGACCCUCUGCUCCAGGGACGAAACUUUAGCUACCAGGACACCCAGAUCUCCAGACUUGGUGUCAACUUCCAGGAGCUGCCCAUCAACCGACCUGUCUGCCCCGUGAUGAACAACAACCGAGACGGCGCGCUCCGACACACCGUUACUAAGGGCAAGGUAAAUUACUGGCCCAACCGUUUCGAAGCUACACCUCCAGCCGCAGCAGAAGAGAAGCCAUACCUCGACUACCCACAGAAGGUGGCUGGCAUGAAGACCCGUCUGCGCUCGAAGAAGUUCAGCGAGCACUUCAACCAGGCCCAGCUCUUCUACAACUCAAUGUCGGAACCCGAGAAGGAGCACAUCAAGUUCGCGCUUGCCUUCGAGCUCGAUCACUGUGAGGAUCCCGUCGUCUACGACCGCGUGUCGCAGCGUCUUGCAGACAUCGACCUCAGCCUCGCACAAAGCGUAGCCGACCUCGUCGGUGGCCAGAUCCCACAGCAGCAAGGUCGUCCCAACCACGGCAAGAAGUCCAAGGGUCUAUCUCAGACCGAGUUCCCCGGCAAGACCCCAACCAUCGAAACCCGCCGCAUUGCCAUCAUCAUCGCCGACGGCUACGAUUUAGUGGCAUACAACGGCAUCGUCGCUGCAGCAAAGGCAUGCCAAGCUCUGCCAUUCACCAUUGCUCCCAGAAGAUCCCCAAUCUACGCUGCGGGCGAAAGCAAGGAGAACAGCAAGGGCGUCAAGCCAGACCAUCACCUCGAAGGCAUGCGCAGCACCAUGUUCGACUCCGUCUUCGUCCCAGGUGGUGCAGACUCGGUCGCUACGCUCCGCAAGAAUGGCCGCGCACUGCACUGGGUCCGCGAAGCGUUCGCUCACCUCAAGGCCAUUGGUGCCGUUGGUGAGGCCGUCGACUUCGUCCGCAAUGCCUGUCAAUUACCUGGCAUGACAUUCUCCGCCAGUGAGGAGGUCACCGACUCGUACGGUGUUGUGACCGCCGCGAAAGUCAAGCCGGAGAGCCUGAGUGAGGCUGUGAAGAUCGGAAAGGAUGCAGCGGACUUUGUCUCGAAGUACUUCUACGAGAUUUCCCAGCAUAAGAACUUUGAGAGGGAGCUGAAGGGAUUCCCGCUGAUGGUUGCGUAUUAG